AUGAUUUCAGUUCCCCCUCCGGACGAUCUACAAGAUGCGAGCAGUGACACUAAGUCGAAGCUUUUACGAUUGAUAACAACCUUCCCACAUGAUUUCCUACUUGUCUGGAACUGGAAUAUGUAUCCAGGCGAGUCGCAGGAUGGGGAAGACUACGAACACUUCAUGGGCACCCUAGUUUCGAAGUGCUCAAAUACAGAGCUAGAAUAUUGUCUAGAUACAGUGACCAGAUUAUGGAAUACUGGAGUGGCACUACAAGACAUGGGAAAAGAUGAGGCAGGGGAAAAUCUCCGAAAAGCAAUGGAGAUUAUUGAGAGACAAUUGACAACAAUGGGUGCCCUAGACUUCGCUUGCCCAGGUCCCGACCAUUCGAUAAGAGGAGAUAUGGACAAGCUAAAAGGAAUGGUAGAUUUACUUAUCAAGGACAAGGGCGGAUGGAGACCGCUGGGGUUGGCGGCAGGGAAUGGGCGUGAGGCAAUGGUCAAGCUGCUGCUCAAUACUGCCAAAGUCGACCCAGACGCCAAGGAUUGGGAUGGACGGACGCCGUUAUGGCAGGCGGCAGCGAAGGGGCACGAGACCAUCGUCAAGCUGCUGCUCCAUACUGCCAAAGUCGACCCAGACGCUAGGGACGACGAUGAACAGACGCCGUUAUGGCAGGCGGCAGUAAAGGGGUAUGAGGCAAUCGUCAAGCUGCUGCUCGAUAUUGGCAAAGUCGAACUAGACGUCAAGGAUGCAAACCACGGUGUUAAGGUGGGGUAG